AUGUCAUGGAUGAAAAGUAAGCCAUCUGGUUGGACUGCGUUUGAUCUCAAGCAGAGACAGAAACAAGGUCUCGAAAUCGAGACCGAGGAGGAUCCAUUCCCGCCUGUUUCAAGCAGCAGUGUUCAUACGCCCUUAGAUGUAAGAGGGAAGUUGAGAAAGAAUCAUGAGCCUUCUGAAAAGUCUUUCUCGUCCGUGCUCUUACCUCCUUCGAGAUUCUCGGCAUUGACGGAGAACAAGGAUUGCCGAGGAAAACAAGAAAGCAGUGGAGGUUGUAGGAGCAAACAUGGCAGUUCGAUUCCGCCUGUAAAGAGUCAUGACUCAACCUUCAUGAAGCUGAAGGCAAAGUUCUGCUGGGCAGAUGAUAGCUUGAUAAGGGAUAUAUUGUUGUCCACAGAAGAUAAUUUUGAGAUGGCCUUAGAUUUUUUGGAAGCAAUGGUUUCUGCAGACAAUAAGGAAGCUGAGGAGCCAGACAGGGGAGAAAACAGAAGACCCGAGGAUAAUACAUUUGGGACAACUGUUACAAGCUCGGUGAAGAUGGCUGCAAGGUCCACACGUGAUGAUGCUGGCAAGUAUGAUCUGCAAGAGAGAGGUGUAAGCUCGUUUCUGGUGGAUGGAUAUGACAGUGAAAAGCUCUCUGAUGAUAUUUCUGAACUUGAUAGUAUCAUUCAGCGGCUUCAGUCCAUUCCUAUAGAAGCUGAGUGGGAAGAAGAUGAUCUCUACUUGAGUCAUCGAAAGGAUGCACUGAAGAUGAUGAGAUCAGCCUCAACCCAUUCAAGAGCUGCCCAAAACGCGUUUAUGAGAUAUGAUCAUGCUUCUGCCAAGCAGCAUUCAAAGAAAGCAAGAGAUGAUUGGUCAGCAGCUGAGAAGCUAAAUGCUGAGGCAUCCAAGAAGAUCUUAGGUAUAACGAAUAGGAAUAACGACACGUGGAAGCUGGACCUGCAUGGUCUCCACGCAGCAGAAGCUGUUCAGGUGCUACAGGAGCGUUUGCAAAAGGUCGAAGGUCAAUUCACAGUGAACCGUUCAGUAUCACCAAGUAGAGAUAGGUCAAAGAAUGCAGCUCUGCGAUCUGCAUCACAAGAGCCUUGUGGUAGAUUAGGCGUGGAAGGCCUGGAACGUCAAAGAACUUCUUCUAGAGAACAACGAAACUCAUUGCAGGUUAUUACAGGGAUUGGUAAACACAGUCGCGGACAUGCUUCACUUCCUCUAGCUGUCAAGACUUUCCUUGAAGACAACAGGUACAGGUUUGAUGAGACAAGACCAGGAGUUAUCACAGUGCGGCCUAAAUUCCGACACAGCUGA